CCAACUCUACGUCUAACCAUAUGGAUAUAGGCCCAAAGAGGGAUUCCAUAUCUACAAGUUCUGCACCUAUUGGGAAAGAGAUUGAGGCCUCAUCCAAGACAACAAAUGAAGAUCUUGGCACAAAUGAGAAUGUGGGCCAAAGCAACAACCCAACAAAGGCCAUUAUUCCAACAGAGACUAUCUCUAGCCCAAUGAUUAGGCCUUGUAGACUUUUUUCCAAUGCUCCAACCAACCUUGAAGCUGCGUUGCUCACUGUUAAAGAAAGGAUUAAAAAUCUUGAAUCAAGUUCCAACUUUACUUCUGCACCAUCAAAUUCCUCUAUUCUCCCAAAAUCUUCUUCAGAGAUCAAAAAUAAGCGAUCCAGUAGCAGCUUCACCAAUUCCCUAGCUCAGCCCCAAUUUGAAAGUCCUACUAGUCAACAACAACAAUGUGAUUUCAUUGGAGGAAGCCUUAAAGCUGCUAUUGUCAAGGGAGGAGAAAAUACACCCGUUAUGGAAGGAGAGGGAUCUAUUCAAGGCUUGGCGCAGUCCUCUCCUAACUCUCAAAUCCAUAGAUCCUCAUCCUUUUCUAAGCUCAGUGCCAACUUUGAAGGAAGAUUCGAUAGCUAUGGUAGAUCAAUGCAGUACUCAAAAGCUAGAGUUCACUACCUAAAGAGUAAGCAUAGAAGAGAUAAAGGGCUCUAUCCAACCUCUGACAUUUCUAGCCUAGGCAUGGCAGGAACAUCUCCAAAUCUUCAAUUUAAUGGGCAAGAUGGAGACAAUCCAUGUUAUCAUCAAGCCCUCAAUAUUGCUGGGGACGGAGGAGAUGGAUUACGAAUGCUUGAUGCUUCCGUGUCACUUUUCGGGGGCCAAAAUGAUGUUGUUGCACAGGAAACUCAAGAACCGUUGUUCGACCAUACUCUAGCUAAGUUAGCCUUGGGUCUCUCUAACUCCUAUUGUUGGUCAAUGAAGAUGCUCUCUUGGAAUUGUCGCGGUGCGGCUAAAAUGGAGUUCAAUAGGCGCAUGAGAGAUUUGAAGAAUCAACACUCUCCCUCAAUUAUGCUUAUUCUUGAAACAAAGCUCUCUGGCCAGGAUGCUAAGAAAGCGGCGGUUGAAUGUGGAUAUCCUUGUAGCCAUGUAGUUGAUUCAGAUGGUAGGGCUGGUGGUCUCUGGCUAUUGUGGGAUGAUAAUGAAGUUUGUGUCGAUGUCGUCACCUCAACUUUUCAAGCAAUCCACGCAAUUGUCCAGCCUGCCCACUUUCCCUUCCCACCGCGCACCCCCAAUUUCCCUCCCUUAUUUCCGAGCUUCCCUCCCCAAUUUCUGACCUUCCCUCCCAGCAAAUCUACAAAUUUUGUAAUUGAUUUUGCUAAAACGCAAAACCCAUUCGAACCCAGCUGCAAAACUCAUUUCCUCCACUCUAAUCCAUCAACGACAGAGGAUUGCUCGCAGCCGACCGCAGGCCCGCUUGCUCUCUCCUGUUCGUCAUCCAUGGUACCGUCGCCUCUCUCUCUCUCUGUUUCUAUAAGAUUCCAUUAGGCUGUGCAUGCUCAUCUUUGCUAUUACUGGUUUCAUUUUUGCUAUUACUGGUUUCCUUGUUGUUUUCCGAUUGUUUAGUUUCAUACUGGUUUCAAGUUCCGAUUGCAUCGCCGUCACCGUCAUAACUUCACUAUUAAAUCUUCCAAAAAACUCUCUGCCUGAAAUCACCGAUUCUUCUACAUUCCCGAAGCAGAUAGAGUAACUCAAAAGGAUUAUGGGCCAGGAAGAAGCCGACCGGAGAAUAUCGCCGUCAAAGGAGUUUAGAGGAAGAGAGGAGUUCCGCUCGACCAUUUUCCAUGCAAUCUUAGCUCUCACUUUAUGGCUUGGAUCCAUCUAUUUCAACGCCUUCUUAGUCCUUAUCUCGCUGCUUUUCCUCCCCCUUUCCAAGUCCCUUGUGUUCAUUCUCUCUCUCUUUCUCUGUCUCUGUCUCUUUCUCGCUUUCUCUGUUUCGUUCUUUUCUAGUUCGGUAGAAAAAACAAAGUCUUCUCCUUUUCCCCUGUAUUUAUUCUGGGUCAAAACCCCUUUUUCGGAAUUUUUUCCAGGGUGAUUGGAUUGCUUUUGGUUUUCAUGCUCAUUCCUAUCUAAAUAUGACAAGCAAUUGGCCAAGUACUGUUCUGUGUCUGUUGUUUUCCUUUUUAAUGGUGAAGUGAAUGAAUUUCCUUAGUCAUU